CAACAAAAUCCUUUGGUGUCUUCAAAAGCCCGGAGUGAAAAAAAGUGACGGUGACAGUAAAGUAACCGUAAGGAGUAAGAAUCGUGUUGUGACCGUUUUUGAAGAGUAAGAAAAGUCGGGAGACAGUGUAAUUUAUGCAAAAGACAGAAGAUGAUCUCCUUUAGUGAAAUAUUUCUUCGCGUUAUCGUAAGCGUUAGUGUGGUGUUAAUUUAUAGAUUUACAGUGACGUUCGCGUCGAGCAGUUUAAAACCUGUAGAUUACACCGGUGACACAUUCUCUGAUGUUCAGAAAACAAAUCAUUUCGUCAUGUUUUAUGCACCAUGGUGCGGACACUGCAAAAACUUGGCCCCCACAUGGGACCAGUUGGCCGAAAAGUAUCACAAGGAUGACAACAGUGGGUUGACGAUAGGAAAAGUUGACUGCGUAAAGGAAACCGCUUUGUGUUCAGAACAGGAUGUAACAGGUUAUCCCACUUUGAAAUUUUUCAAGGCGGGUGAAAAUGAAGGCGUGAAAUAUAGAGGAACAAGAAGUUUGAAAGCUUUUUCGACUUUCAUAGAGGAGCAAUUAGGUAUCACAGUCCAGGACAGUGAAACUCAGCCUAAGGUACCUGAACCAGUUAGUGGGCUUGUAGAACUAACGGAAGACACAUUUGAAGACCAUGUGGCGAAGGGUAGACAUUUUGUCAAAUUUUAUGCACCUUGGUGUGGCCAUUGCCAAAAAUUAGCUCCGACGUGGGAGGAACUUGCCAAGUCUUUGGAACAUGACACAUCUGUUGUAAUUUCGAAAAUUGACUGUACAGCCCAUAGAUCUGUGUGCAAUGAUUUUGAGAUCAAAGGGUAUCCAACCUUACUGUGGAUUGAGGAUGGAAAGAAGGUGGAUAAAUAUCAGGGACCGAGAACGAUUGAGGAACUGAAGGCAUUUGUUUCAAAGAUGGUUGGUUCAGAUGCUUCCCAAGCAACAAGGAGUUCUGAUGUACAAGACUCUUCUCCAGUUGUAUCCUUCUCAGGAGAAAAUUUUGAACAUGGUAUCGCUCGUGGACUAACAUUUGUAAAAUUUUUUGCCCCAUGGUGUGGUCACUGCAAAAGAUUGGCUCCUACAUGGGAGGAGCUGGGCAAGAAAUUUGCAUCUAACUCACUAGUCAAGAUUGUGAAAGUGGAUUGUACUUCAAAUUCUAAUAAGGAUUUAUGUAAUGAUGAAGAGGUGGAUGGUUUUCCUAGCCUCUUUCUGUACAAAGAUGGGAAACGGAUAGCAGAAUACAAUGGUUCACGUACUCUGGAUGACUUAUAUGAGUUUGUUUCUAAACACAUGCCACAUGAUGAGCUGUGAAAUAAGACUGAUGUAUUAGACUAGAUAUGUUAAAGAAGUACCAAGCUGUACACUUGAUAUUGAGAGUGGUAUCAACAUUAAUCUUAUUUUUCUAGAAUACAUGUCGGUUCUGAAUUUUA